UUACACUUCAACACUCGACCUACCCUGCGCCUCUUUUCAGCAUCUCUGACUGGAGCGAGGCAACACACAUACGUACGUCACUAGCUACCUACCUACAUACCUACCUAUCAAGCCAUGUGGAAGUCAUCAAGCCGUCGAGCCUCAGAAGAUGCGGGCCGGUCUUACCGACUGACCGGCAACCUCAAGACGACUCCUAUGGCAUGGCUUCGUCCUACGCCACCAACCGAUUCCCAGUCCCAUGGCUGCUCACAAGCCCGCGGCUCGGCUACCCUGCCCUGUGGGUAUUGGCGCCUCGAAGCCGUUCGCAUCCGAGUCGGGCUGGCUGGAACCAACUUGAAUGGGGCUUGAUCGACAUCUCACUCUCCGAAACUGUCAUCCUUGCUGUAUGCAGCCAUGAUCUGACUGCGUCGAGAUGCAAGAGGCACGCCCAAUCCUUUCGAGCCUGCGACAGGAAUGUCGCCUUAUCGAGGGGCUACCAACGCGAUGUCGUCGUAUCAGCGCAACGCGGAUCCCGGCCGCCUUUCUUUGAGAUUUAUCGUCCAGGUUCUUGGUUGAUCCACGGCUGCAGCUCCCCCCAUUGUAUCGCCUGCCGCUCGCCCAUUUCGGCGAUAGAUCACGAAUCCGAAUCCCAAUAUGGAUGUACGGGUCCAUUUUCGCAACAAGACGGGCUUGUUGGACGACGUUGCGCGGAGGAUAAAUGGUGCCACCAAUCUAGACAUUUGGUUAGCGAAUCCGAGGCAUCGCAGAGUUGCAUGACUGGAGAAGGUAGAGUCUCGUCAAUGGCCGAGAUAAGAAGAGGGCACGCACGAUUAGGGGAGGGCGUCACUCGCAGAGGAAUCAAGCUUUCGAGACGGUGAGCUAACCGUCGCGGCGCAUAAUAGUCUGUCUAUCCGGGCCUUUCGAGGAUGUCUCCCACGGGCUCAUCCAGGCGGGGGUUGGAGAUCUAGGCCCUUCCUUUCAGCACGGCC